UUUUUUUAAUAACAUGUUAAAAAAUUUAUGUUUAUGUAACUUUUCUUCGUAUUUAACUUUGUAUUUUGUUGCGUUCAAUAUUUCGUUUGGUACUUUAAAUUUGCAACACCCUGUAUACUUCAAAAGUUGAAUGGAAAGGAUUUGGGUCCAAUUGGUUAUGUAACCAUAAGGCCCACCUUUUUUUAUACAUAACAGUAGUUCCGUUCGAUUCCGCUAAACUUUUUACGAGCAGAAAGUACAAUAGAAGACUAUAGACACGUAGAAAUCGGUAAGCGGCAACAUUCGUGUUGCCGUCGUCUUUCGCAUAGCGAAACAGAAUGAGAAAAUGAUAGCGUGAAUUUAGCUAUUUAUUGCUCCCCGGUCAACUGCGACCUAUACUAAGAUCUUCAAAGUCAAAAUAUCAACAAGAAGUGAAAGUGAUUUGUUCGUCAUAAAAGAGUAUUAAUUUAAUUUAAAGAAUGUUACGAUUAGAAAUAUCUAUUUCUAAUAAGAAUCAUCAUUUCAAAAAUAUUUCAUUUAUGAAACUUGUUAAAUGCUUGAAAUUUUUGGGAAACGUUUCCUUUAUAGAGAAAAGGAAAUUUAAUUUAAUCACUAUUCAGCACUUUAAGGCUAAUUUUGGUUAUUACAUUACUGCAUAAAACAUUUAUUAAAUAUUAAAAGAGGUUUAUAAAAUAAUACACAAGAUGCCUAAAUUGAAUAAUAUGUACUACUCACAAUAUGCCAGUUCUACAGAAAGUGAAGGUGGUUAUGAUUCUGAUAAUGAAGAUACUUAUAGAACAUUGAUUGCAUCACCAUCUCAAGCUAUUUUUUAUCAAUAUAUUGAAGUUAGACGUGAUGAAGAAUUAUUACAUGAAUCUUGGAAGAUCCAAUUACGUGAUCAUUUGAUUGAUAUAGAAGAUAUCAAAAAGAAAUGUGGUAUGGCAGUUCAUCUGAGUGAUGAUCGAGUAUGUUACAUUUAUAAACCUGCCAUUGAUGAUCCUAUAAUACCAGGCAUUAAAUUUAAAUUGGCACUUAGAUAUAUCAAACUGUUACGUAAAUGGUACAUUAGUUUAGGAUAUAGUCGUUUUCCAGACAUAAUGGAUCUUCGUAGUAAAAUGCAAAACGUAUUGCAAAGUUUAAAUCAACGUCCUGGACAACCUAUAACUAUGCAAGGAAUGCAAAAUAAAAUGCCAGGAAUGGGUAUGAUGCCUGCUCAAACUACUGGUCCAAUGAGUCAUAUGGGAUCCAUUCAAACUAUGCAGAAUAAUUCAAUGUUAACACAAAUGAAUCAAAUGGCACAAGGAAAUAUUCCUCAACAAAUGAACCAAAUGGUUCCUAAUCAAAUGGGACAAAUAACUACAAGCCAAAUGCAGCAAAAUAUGCAAACUCAAAUGCAGAAUCAAUUAUCUAAUCAGAUAGGUAAUCAAAUUGGUGGAUCUAUUAGUGGAAUCCAAACUAGUUUACCACAACAAAUGAAUCAAAUUGCUCCUGGACCAUUAGGUCCUAGCCAAAUGCAACAGCAAUUGAGUCACAUGCAGAGAAAGGGUGAAAUGAUAAAUGCAGGAUUUGCUGGUCCUCGGAAUGUUACUCCAAAUCAAUUUUUAGGACAGAGUCCAUCUCCAUCAGCUCCAAGUCCUGCUGGAUUAGGUGCACCAUCAAGCAAUCAGAUGGUAGCCUCGCCAGCAUUAGUUCCAUCGCCGAGUCCACAACAUGCAAUAAUGGCAGGAUCACAACGAUCUGUGGGCAUGGCACCAUCGCCCAGUAGUUCUCUAAAUACUCCUGGAGGAGUGGGUGCUACUCCAAGCCCACAACAAGAAGAUCAAGCAUAUAGAGAUAAAGUUAGACAGCUAAGUAAAUAUGUUGAGCCUUUGAGGAGAAUGAUUGCUAAAAUGGGAAACGAAGGAAAUGUCGAUAAAUUAAGUAAAAUGAAAAAACUAUUAGAAAUUUUAUCAAAUCCCAGCAAACGUAUGCCUUUAGAUACAUUACUAAAAUGUGAGGUAGUCCUUGAAAAACUAGAUUUCAAACGAAGUGAUGCUAGUGUAGGACCUCCUGUAACAACUCUGAAGGAACAUCAUUUCUUUAGUCCACUUUUGGAAGCAGUAAGCACCCAUCUCCAAAGUCCAGUUGUAAAUCAUACAUUACAGCGGACCUUCGGUCCAUGUUUAGAAGCUCUGUUUGGUCCGGAAAUAAAGAAUUUACCUCCACCAUUAAAGAAACAAAAAAUAGAAGAAUCCCCGAGUGAAAUUCCAGAUGUCUUGCAAGGAGAAAUAGCUCGAUUAGAUCAACGGUUUAAAGUCAGUCUGGAUCCAGCACAACAAAAUGGAUCGAAGUGUAUUCAGUUAAUAUGUUGGUUGGAUGACCGUCAUCUUCCUUGCGUCCCACCAGUAUCAGUUACAGUUCCUGCUGAUUAUCCUUUAACGCCACCGCGUUGUGUUAUGGCACCUCAUGAAUAUGCAACAACAUUCCUUUGCGCAGUACAAAAAGCUUUAAAUGCACGUAUAACAAAGCUCCCUCGCCGAUUUUCUGUAUCUCAGUUAUUAGAUACUUGGGAAAUGAGUGUGAGACAAGCCAGUGCACCUUCGCAAACUCCUGUUACCGCUAGUACAGUAUUAAUGGGUUUAUAGUAUGCUCUAAUAUAAAAGGUUUUACAAGUUUGAGACAAAUAUACAUUAAUUAUUUAUGUAUUUUUUUUUAAGUAUCCAUAUCCAUAUUUUCCUUGUUAACUUAAGACUAGUUGAUACUAAUUUUAUAUAAUGUUUAUAUGACGUUGUAAAAUAAAUAUAAAUAUAUCUAUUAUUUU